AAUGAUAGGAUAAAGCAUUCGCCAUCUGACUGCUGGAAUGUAACUAGCCAACUCGUUCCUGAUGACAUGGGACUCGGAAAAACGCUGACCAUGAUUGCACUGAUGCUCCAUCAGCGCACGCAGAUGAAGGAUAUGCCUGAAACUGUCUUUCAAAAAUUGACUGCGACUGAAAACCUUAUUCGUUCUCGAGCUACGCUGAUUGUCUGUCCAACGUCCAUCAUUAAACAGUGGGCGAAUGAAAUCAAAAAGUUUACCGGUUCUAAGCUCUUGAGGAUUUACUUGUUUCAUGGCACAAACCGAGAACAGAGCCGUCAGCGCUUAGCCAUUUAUGACGUCGUUCUGACUACCUAUGGCACUGUUAGUAGCGAAAUUGGUGAAAUCGAAUCGAAGAAGGUUGUCAUCUCUACGGCUACGGAUGAAAUUAGAAGUCGUGGCGGAAGGUGCUCCGUAUUGUUGACCAUCGCGUGGCGACGGAUGAUCUUGGACGAGGGGCACACGAUUAAAAAUCACAAUACCAAGACUGCCAAGGCGUGUUGUCGUAUUCCCGCGCAGAGUCGGUGGGUUUUGACAGGAACCCCUGUCCAUAACGACUUAAAAGACCUCUACUCCCUUAUUAAUGUCGACAAUAUUAAAAAAUCAGUCAGUUGCGAAAGCCGUAUAAUUUCAGCUGGAAACCGUCAGAAAUUCGAAGCAGCCACGAGUUUGAACGUGUUGGUGGUGAUUCUACGUCUUCGCCAGGCCUGUGUUCACUUCUCUUUGACCAAGGAGGUACUUCCUAAUACGCGUGGUUGUUUGCAUCUAAUUUUUAAAACUUGUCUUUAUUGCCUCAACAUUUCACAAAAAAUAACUAGCCGUAUUUAUAUUUUAUCGUAUUUUCUGUUUAGUGUCAUCGUCAGCCAGUGGGUGAAAUUGCUGGAACUCAUUGCCAUUCAUCUUCGACAGCAUCGAAUAUCAUACACCAGUAUAACUGGCUCGCUAACAGUCACUGAACGAGGAGAGCGAGUUGAAAGGUUUAAUAACCUUCACUCAGGUCCCUUGGUCAUGUUGUUAUCAUUGAGUGCUGGUGGCGUGGGCCUUAAUCUCAUCGGUGGCAAUCACUUAUUCGUGGUUGACUUGCAUUGGAAUCCGGCGCUAGAGAAGCAGGCAUGCGACCGAAUUUACAGAGUUGGUCAGAGCAGAAAUGUCUUCAUUCACAAGUUUGUUUGCAAGAACACAAUUGAAACAAAAGUGUUGGAGCUGCAAAAUAGUAAACUAGCUUUGGCUAAAAGUGUUUUGACAGGAGCUGGAAUGAAAGGUAAAAGCAUCUGUCGUAGCUUGUCGUAUGUCUCAUAUGGCGGUAAGUCCAACUGA